GCCGAGUUGGGAGCAGAGUGCGGAGCUGCGUGAGUCCCGUGCGGCCGCCUCGACGGGUACCAGCAGACAAGAGCCCCUCCCCCGAGCGGACCCAGGGGCUGAUGGCCGGGGACAAAGCCAAACCCUGUGAGCUGGACCAGGAGAAAUACGAUGCUGACGACAACGUGAAGAUCAUCUGCCUGGGGGACAGCGCUGUGGGCAAGUCCAAGCUCAUGGAGAGGUUCCUCAUGGACGGGUUUCGGCCCCAGCAGCUGUCCACCUACGCCCUGACCCUCUACAAGCACACGGCCACGGUGGACGGCAGGACGGUGCUUGUGGACUUCUGGGACACGGCGGGCCAGGAGCGGUUCCAGAGCAUGCACGCCUCCUACUACCACAAGGCCCACGCCUGCAUCAUGGUGUUCGAUGUGCAGAGGAAGGUCACCUACAAGAACCUGAGCACGUGGUACGCGGAGCUGCGGGAGUUCCGGCCGGAGAUCCCCUGCAUCGUGGUGGCCAAUAAAAUCGACGCCGACAUGAAGAUGACCCAGAAAAGCUUCAACUUUGCCAGGAAGUUCUCGCUGCCCCUGUACUUCGUCUCAGCUGCUGACGGCACCAACGUCGUGAAGCUCUUCAACGAUGCGAUCCGACUGGCUGUGUCUUACAAACGGAACUCCGGGGACUUCAUGGACGAGGUUCUGCAGGAGCUCGAGAACUUUGAUUUGGAGCCAAAGGAGGAGGACCGGCCAGACCAAGAGAAAGACCAAGAGCAAGACCAAGAGCAAGACCGAGAGCAGUCUGGCCGCCCCGACAGCCCGACUCACUCCUGAGCCCAGAAGGAGGCCUCCCCUCCCCCCAGCCGCCGCCCCGCCUGCAGCCCUGCCGC